UCAUCAGCACUGGCCAGGUAUAUAAAGGGACCCGACCCAGAAGAGACAUCACACCUGAGAACACCCAUCCGCUCUCCACAUCUCAGCCCCACUCCAGCCCAGACACCCACCAUGACCGGCUCCUGCUGUGGAUCCUUCUCCUCCCAGAGCUGUGGAGGCUGCUGCCAGCCCUGUUGCUGCAGAGACCCCUGCUGCUGCCGCCCAGUGUCCUGCCAGACCACAGUGUGCCGCCCUGUGACAUGCGUGCCCCACUGCACCAGGCCCAUCUGUGAGCCCUGCCGCCGCCCCAUCUGCUGUGACCCCUGCAGCCUGCAGCAGGGCUGCUGCCGCCCCAUCACCUGCUGCCCCACCUCUUGCACAGCUGUGGUCUGCAGACCCUGCUGCUGGGCCUCCACCUGCUGCCAGCCCAUCUCUGUGCAGGCUCCCUGCUGCAGGCCCCCCUGCUGCCAGCCUGCCCCCUGCCGCACCACCUGCAGGACCUCCCCCUGCAACACCUGCUGCUGAGCAGUGAGCUGAGCACCUGGGGCAGGCAGCCGCCCUUUGGAAAAUAGUCGUGUUCCUAUUUCUCUCUCUCUAACCUGCCCUGAGCCACUUAUGCCCUAAAUCAACCAGCUUGUGAAUGGAGGCCGGGAGCAUGCCAUGAAGGCUGGUGCGACUUUUUAGCAGUCUUUGUCCUUCUCUCCUUCUUGGAUCUAAGGUCUUUUUGAAGAUUAGUUUAUGUUUUGUUUUUUAAUAAAUUUCUCUUCUUUGGCCCCA